GUACUGUUAGUUCUAAUAAAUUCAGUUGUGAUGUUUGCAGCCAGAUUCCAGGCGAUGCAGCUUAGUACAUCAGCGUGUAUGUAACUCGACGUAGAGAGCAGUGUGCGCAGGCCAUGUCAGUGUGAAGGGUUACAGUGAUACUUUUAUUACAGAGUUGCCUUGAAGAACUCCUAACCCACCAGUCACAUCCUGUAGGUAAGUAGAAAGGUAACAUGGCAAACUUUAAAGGACAUGCACUGCCAGGGAGCUUUUUCCUUAUAUUUGGCAUUUGGUGGUCCAUAAAAUACCCCCUGAGGUAUGCAUGCAAGAAAAAUAAGAAAGUUUGUUCCUUCGGAUCGAAAGUAGGAUUGCAGAGGCUGGAAAUAAUUGAAGGAGCAACAAAAGCAGUAUUUGCAUUAAUAGGCAUGAUUGCUGAGCAGUUUGUGCCCGAUGGACCUCACCUGAAGUUGUACAAUUCAGAAGAGAAACAAUGGAGCCAUCUAAUGAACUGGCAACAUUCCACCAUGUAUCUCUUUUAUGGCAUCUCAGGGGUAGUGGACAUUAUCACUCACACUACCAAAGCUGUUCCCGUAGCAAUCGAUAGGAUGAUGCUGUCUAUUGCUGUCUUUGUUGAAGGGUUCCUGUUUUAUUACCAUGUGCAUGGAAGGGCAAUGCUGGAUGUUCACGUACACUUGCUGCUGUUAGUAGCUGUGUUUGGUGGAGCUCUGUGUAUAUUCUUGGAGGUGUUUCACCGUGGUAACAUUAUCCUAGAACUAUUCCGGACCAGUCUGUGUAUACUACAAGGCAGCUGGUUCUGGCAGAUCGGUUUUGUUCUUUACCCUCCUGGCGGGGGUCCUGAAUGGGAUCAAAUGGAUCAUAGCAAUAUGCUGUUUAUUACAAUGUGCUAUUGUUGGCAUUAUGCAUUUUCACUCCUUAUUGUUGCUGCAAAUUAUGGAAUUGUCACUUGGGUGGUCCAGACAAAAAUGAAGAACGGCGAGUCAUUGGAGAUGGAGUUGCUAAAAUCCCGAGAGCGAGAGGAAGACUCUGAGGAUGAAAUCUAGAGAAUGAUCUAGUAAAACCCUCUCUCAGAACUCUGGUCUACACUUUCAUGCGAUAACAGAUGCACUGUUUCUAUAAUACUCCAAUCUUCUAGUGUAAAAUAUUCAGGUUAUUUGUAUUAUACUCAUCCGUUAU